UACUUAUGUCUUGGUUAAAGAGCGAGUGUUGGGAGUCCGGCGCAGGAGUCGCAUUUCAUUCGGCGUUGCGGAGUCUGCAGCUGAGACACAGGAAUGUGAAAAAGAUUUGCCCUGAUCUUUGUGACAGGACUGGGCUGAGAAUCUACCCUCCAGUAGUUGCUGCGAUGGGUUAUUAAGCGGAUAAAUCGCAGCAAAUCUGUUCACACAAGUCAAGUAUCUUGUUUACCACCUCACUCACCAGCAGAUCGGCGUGUAGCUGUGUUCACUGAGCAAAGUGACCUGACAGGAGGAACAUAACAACUGGCAGUGAGGCAAAACAAGACCAGUCGACAACACCAAAGAAAGCCACGAAAAUUAACCAGAAGUAAAUCAGCCAUACCUUGCAAGGCGAUUGCGCUGAGCAGCAAGACCAUGACCCUGGAGUGAGGGAGCCAAAACUCCAAGGAAUACCCAGGAAGAUACCGGGGAGUGAGAUUGUUUGAAGGCUGGUAGGGAGGCAGUGAUGAUGAGAUCAGGCCGCCUGCGCCCGCUGUGCUGCCCAAUUCUGCUGCUCGCUGCCAGCUUGAGUGUGCUGGCAUCAGCAUGGGCAGCUGCAGAUCCCAUGGGCUAUGUGCACGGCGGGUGGCACAGGUUGUUGGAGGAAGGGGACGCUUGCCCUCAGUGUGAGUCAGACCAGUGCCUCACACCCCAGGGGUGCCUGGCUGGGCUGGUGAGGGACGUCUGCGGCUGCUGCUGGGAGUGCGGCAACAUCGAGGGGCAGAUAUGUGACCUGGACAACAGCAACCAUUUCUAUGGUCAGUGCGGAGAGAACCUAGAGUGUCGGCUAGACCUGGGCGACCUGCGGCAAGGGGAGGUCCCUGAACCCCAGUGCGUUUGUCAGUCCAGCCAGGCAGUGUGUGGCUCCAAUGGGCAGACCUACCCACAGAUAUGCAAGUUCCUAGAGGCUGCCAGUGCCAAUGAAACAUCGAACAUCACCCUGGCCCAUGAGGGACCAUGUGAAGGAGUUCCUCAGAUUAUAUCUCCUCCCUUCAACAUCUGGAAUAUCACUGGAGAGGAUGUCAUUUUUGGAUGUGAGAUCUUUGCUUAUCCAUUGGCAGCUAUCGAAUGGCGGAAAGAUGGGGAGGAAACUUUCCUGCCGGGUGAUGACCCCCACAUCUCCGUGCAGUUUCGAGGAGGCCCAUUUAAAUAUGAAGUGACUGGCUGGCUCCAGAUCCAGGAAAUUCGCAGCACGGACUCUGGAGUGUAUCACUGUUCCGCACGGAACAAACUGGGAGAAGUGUCCGCAGCUGCUAGUCUGACUGUCAUCUCGCCAGAUCAGGUGGCUGAAAUCGAGACUCCUUGGCUCCAGUCUCAGCAUUUAAUCGAGGAUUACCCUGACGACUAUUACUGAGGAAGUGGCUUUGCAAACAUUGGACCAAACGCGAGGUGUGGAGUCACUAAUGCAUCAAGAGACAACACGGAGAAAGCAGGAAGUGUCAAUGAAAUAUAAUAAAGUGUGAUAAUAUC